AUGCCAAAAUACCUUCCUUUGAAGAAAGAAGACCUGAAAGCAAGCUCUGCAGUGGCCGAUCCCAAUGCACGUGGUCAGAGGGACACGACUCUUUCAUGGUUCUGGUCCUUGGAUGUUCAGGGCGACACAUCAGGCAAUGACUGGAUGACAGAAUUUUAUCGGGUGAAUUGGCUCCGGACGAAAGCACUGCGUGAUCGUUGGAAUGAGGAGGUUAUUCUUGUCAAACAUGAAAUGCAGUGGUCCAUUAAUUUCUUUAACCACAAAGCCAAGCAAUGGCUCAGUCACAUGGACACCGCGACUUCUGCAGGGCUCACCGGACAUACAUGUUAUGCUGCCCGACAAUCUCACAUAUAUCACCAACUAGCAGGACAUGCAGAGGAUACUUUCCGGAAGAUGAUAGGUCAGCCAGAACUACCGGUUUGA